ACAGUACCUACAUUAGUCGAUUCAUUUCGUUUAGUGGAUACACAGUGGAUUCGUUUAGUUUUUAUUUCUUCUAAGUUGAGAUCCAUUGUUUGAUCGUGAUUAUUUAAAACAACAAUAUUAAACAUUUGAAAGAUACUAAUUCAAAAAAUGGAAAACCGUUGGAAAUUACUUCGGCCAUCGCGCUGGUGUCUUGGUCGUCAAACGGCUCAACAAGAAAAAGUAGAAUCUGUGGCAGAAACGACAGCUGUACAAUUUGGAAAAGUCCGAUCACCUAAUUCCGACAAAAGUUUACUGGAUUUAAACGAUGCCUGCUUGGAGAAAAUAUUGUGGUACUUGAACUACGAUGACUUAUUAAAUAUGGUUCUCUACGAUAAACAUUUUAAAGCAACCGCACAGAAGGUUUUCUCGCAUAAAUAUGUGGACGAGUACGUUGUCCUAUCCAAUGCUAGUUCAUUUCACAUUGAUACAAUGCACCGUUCAAGUGAAAUGGAUAGGGCCAUUCAAUUAUUGAAUUGUUUCGGUGAUGUCAUCACAAAUUUAUGCAUUUCGUUUAAGCUAGAAAAUAUUGAGUAUCUAAUGGAUGCAGUUAACCGGAGAUGUGGUAGCAAUAUCCGAAAACUAAAACUGAAUCAUACGAAUCAAGAAAGGAAAAAAAUGUUGCGUCACGAGCACGGAACAAUAGGUGUCAACAAGUUGCUAAAGGGCAUCAACAAAAAUUUUCCCAAUCUACAUGAAUUGCAUCUGAUUUAUGGCUAUCCGACAGAUGUUUGUCCAUACUGGUAUGACGUCGAGGAAAUGGUCAUUCCAUCACUAACCCACUUCACAAUUGAUGGACGAUUUGUGUUCGAACAUUUUAAAAGAUUUAUCGGCCUAAAUCCAGGCAUUGAAAAUCUUUGCGUGAAAUCCCAAUGUUCAGACUUUAAAUGGAAUAUUGAGUCUGAUUUUGUUCCGUGGCUUGACAGUGCAUUGCCACAAUUGAAAUAUUUGGAAAUGAGCGUUGCAUGCCAUGUACCCGAUCAACGGUUUGGUCAAUGUAAUCCAGUUUAUUUGCAGCACUUGAAAAAGUUUAAAUCGGUGGGACACGUCGAAAAUAUGUGGAAACCGAACUUUUACCAAUUUACGGGCAACGAACUGCAGGAGAUUGAACUUAAUGAACUGAAUUUUCUACAGAAAUCGUUCAUUGAUUGCAUUCUACACUUUAAGCAACUGAGGCAAAUAACGAUCGAACCAAUUGCAACGUUUAAUGAAGAGAAGAGAAUGCGGCUGGAAAAAGAUAUCAAUGAGGCAUUCACGAAUGACGAGCCGAUCAAAGUCGUAGCUCGAAAAGCAUUACUUCGUCAGCCAAGACUUGAUUUACACCGACUUCAGUUCCAACUAAAACGUCGUGCUGCUUUAAAUCUUAUUUACAAUAGAACAUUUGGGAACAAUUCUAGUAAAUAAUUUCUUUCCGAAUUGUAAAUUUAUUCGUAAAAUUCUUUAUUGUGCAAAUGGUAUUGAUUCAAUAAAUGUAAUGGAUGAAUCAUGAGAACG